UUGGACAGGAGGAUGCCAUUUAUUUUGUGAUUUUUGUGUUAGAGUGAUUUAGAUUUAAGACUAGAACUAAGACUGUAUCAAUGAUAUUUCGUGUUUCUACGCACUAGAAUUCAUCUUGUUGUGUGAUAAUUAAAAUAUUAGCUACUCAAAAUGAUCCAAGCUUGUGUUUUUUGCCUGUCACAAGAUAGGAAUCUUUCCCUAAUGGAAGAAUCGCUGUACCUCACUGUUUAUCCAAGUUUUAAAGGAGAAUAUAUUGAAUACAUUAGUUACUUACAAGCUGAAAGACUGCUUAAAUUAUGUUGGGAAUGUCGGGUAAAGGCUUGCAAUUUCAAGAAACUCUUACAAACAGCACAAAGAAGUUUAAACAGUUUGAAACUGUUCAUGGAAUUUUCGUCAGGAGAUCUACCAAAGUCAGAGUCAAACCUCCACAUAACAACUGUGGAGGCCAUAGACAUAGCUCCAACUGUACCUCUACUCAACCCCGUUGUCAACGCACCCAAACUAGAACAGAAUAUUGAUGAUGUCGACUUCAAGUUCAUAGUUGAACCUUCAGAGAUAAAAGACAUUAAUAUAAGUCUAGGUGUAGUAAAACUCGAAGACACCCUAGACAUCGAAGAUAGUAACUUUAACAAUGACACAUAUUUCAACAACGAUGAUGAUGAUGAUGAUUCUGAGGAUGACAAACCCCUGGCGGUGCGGGCGACAGCACUGGCCGCUAUAAAAAGAAAACGAUCCAGUAAAAAGGCAUUGGACUCAAGCAGAACAAGUACAAGAAAAUCAAGGAAAAAGAAGCCACCGACGCCAGCGCCCCCUAAGUUCAGUAAAGUGUGGGCGUCCAGCGAGCAGGCUAUGCGCUGGCACCGCGAGGAGCUGCGGCGCGCGCGAGAGGCGAGCCUCAGCUUCGUGCACGAGUGCGACGCGUGCGAGAGACUGUUCGCCGACGAGGAAGAGCUGAAUAGACACGUGGGGGACGCGCACUCUGAGGAGGCUGGCCAGUACACGUGUGAUGUUUGUCUAUAUCGAUUUCCGGAUCAAACCAAGUUGCAACAGCACAUGGAAGCUCACUACAUCAACUACAAGUGUAAAAACUGCAGCUUUGAAAGCAGAAUACUGGCGGAAAUGCAAAAGCAUGUCGACGAGUCCCACAGUAUACUUCUGAAGGCGCCAGACGUGAAAGAAGUGGCUGUGUGCAAUAGGUGUAAGAAUGAAUUUAUAUCUUCAGCGGAGUUGAAGGCACAUUUGGCAACAUGCAGAACCUACAAGUGCGUGGACUGUGAUCAGACAUUCCCGGCGGGGCGCGCGUACCACCAGCACCGGCAGAAACACCGCUUGGAUCCUGACGGCAUCUACUGCGAGGUGUGCAAGAUCUACUACAAGGCGACGUGGUACAAGAAGCAUCUGCUGACGAGUUUGAAACACGUGUCCAGAGAUUCUUUCAAGUACGAGUGUGAAAUAUGCCAUCAGAAGUUCCCGUCGUCGUCUCGUCUGAAGCUGCACAUGUUCGGCUACCACAAGCGCCUCGGCCCGUUCCCUUGCGAACUAUGCCCUAAGUCCUUCUUCAAUAGGUCGAGAUUGACUCGGCACUGCGCGUCGGUGCACAAAAUAGGGCCCGUGUUUGAGAAGGAGAAGAAUAAGAUGUGUGAAACGUGCGGGAAAGGAUUUUCGUCGAACCACCAACUCGCGAACCACCUCCGCACGCACACGGGCGAGCGGCCGUGGCGCUGCGAGGAGUGCCCCGCCGCCUUCGCGCAGAACGGCAGCUUCUACAUGCACAUGAAGAGGAUGCACGGGAAGACGAUUGACAGGCAUGGGCGGGAGACGAGGGCUGAUAAGGUGUGCUGCGACGUGUGCGGCAAGGAGUUCAGCGCGCGCUGCACGCUCAAGGUGCACUACGACUACUACCAUCUCAAGAAGACCAAGUUCCACUGCGACACUUGCGAUAAGUACUGCCGGUCGGCGGCGGACCUGCGCAAGCACGCCAACACGCACGCGAGCGCCGCGCGCGCCGCCAUCCCCUGCGACACCUGCGGGAAGACAUUCAAAACUCGAGGGGCGCACACGCAACACAUGAAAAAACACGGACUCACCGUAGUGGAGCGGCCAUUCAAAUGUCGCUCUUGUGACGCGGCCUAUAGCGUCCGAACUAACUUGUACCAGCACUACAAGGUCAAGCACCUCAAGCUGAAACGCAACGAUCGGAUUACCAUCAAGAAUCUGUUCAAUCUGGACAAGGAGAUCAUUGUUCUUCCCGCGAGGAAGUAGUAGAUUUUAAUAACUCCCUUUCUACCUUUUGGUAGAUUUAGGGCUGAUUUUUCAAUAGUCAGAUGAACGUUAUCUGAGGAAUAAAAUUGAUGCUGUUGCGUCUGAAUGUUUGUAUUUGACAGUGACAGCAUCAGUUUUAUACCUCAGAUAACGUUUAUCUGACCAUUGAAAAAUCAGCCCUUAGUAGACAAUAGACAUACAUAAUUAUGUAGCUACGUAGAGGAAUGCCGAAUGUAUGGAUGUAAGUUUACAAAAUGAUGGCCAUCUUAUGUUGCAUUUAUGAAAGAAUGAUACGCGUGAUUUGGAGUGCGUUUUGGCGUAAUAGAUAGUUUUGAGACAUUCCUGCCAAUAAUAAAUAGGGUUACACAAAAAAGGCGGCGUCGCAUUGAUCAAAAUUCAGUCUAUUUUCUAGUUAUUCAUUAGAUAACGUUUAUCGUAUGAUGAUUAUGAUCUCUAAUCUCUCUAUGAUACAAGGGAAUAGCGACUCCAUUCUUUACGAUCUCUGUCCUCGCUGCACAGGUCCGUUAUCUACGAAGAUAAAUAUAACUAUAUUGGCACCAUAAAUACGGCACUUUGAUUGGUGGUACGCUCACAAAACGAGUUU